GCUGGCGGCGGCGGUGUCACUUUCCGACCCCGAGCGGCGGCGGCGCUCGCAGGCCGAGGCGGCCGGCGGCGGGGACAAGGAGGCCGUCCGCGCCUACUUCAACUCGACGGGGUUCGAGCGGUGGCGCAAGAUCUACGGGUCGGCAACGGAGGGCGUGAACCGCGUGCAGCUUGACAUCCGCGAGGGCCACGCGCAGACGGUGGCGGCGGCGCUGGCCAUGCUCCGCGAUUCCCCGCUGGAGCUGGCGGGCGCCACCGUGUGCGACGCCGGCUGCGGGACGGGGUCGCUGGCCAUCCCGCUCGCGGCGGCGGGCGCCGACGUCCUGGCCUCCGACAUCUCGGCGGCCAUGGUGUCGGAGGCGCAGCGGCAGGCGGCGGCGCAGUCGUCGUCGUCGUCGUUCCGGAUGCCGCGGUUCGAGGUCCGCGACCUGGAGAGCCUGGAGGGGCGGUACGACGUGGUGGUGUGCCUGGACGUGCUCAUCCACUACCCGCGGGAGGAGGCGCGCGCCAUGAUCCGCCACCUCGCGUCGCUGGCGGACAAGCGGCUGCUCAUCAGCUUCGCGCCCAGGACGCUCUACUUCGACUUCCUCAAGCGCGUGGGCGAGCUGUUCCCGGGCCCGUCAAAGGCCACGCGCGCCUACCUGCACGCCGAGGCCGACAUCGAGGACGCGCUCCGCCAGGCCGGCUGGCGCGUCGCCAACCGCGGCUUCAUCUCCACGCAGUUCUACUUCGCCAAGCUCUUCGACGCCGUGCCCGUCGGCUCCUCGACGUAGCCGUGUAGGCCGCCCGCCGUGUGCUUGUGUGUUUGUUUGCCUCACGCGACUGUUUAUAGAGCUCCAGACGGUCGCCGCAGCGCGCGCGGCGGCGUAGCCUGUUUGUACUUGCAAGCUCACUCAGUUCCAUUCCGUAGCUUGAUGCCUUGAUUGAUUCCCACGUAGACUUCCAUCGACAAACACAAUUGCAGGGUUUUGAGUUUUUGACCCAAACGACACGACAAAGAGUUCUUAUC